AUGGUGCUCGACACCGGAGCUGCAGUGAGCCUUAUGUCACGUGAGACGUGGGACCGUACCAGUGACAAACAACUCGAACCGGCUAACAUCAAGCUGCGCUCGUACACAGGUGAUGAAAUCAAUGUGUUGGGUCAAGCCACAGUGGAGGUAUGCUAUGAUGGCCGUACAACGCCAUUGCCACUGCUCAUUGUUGAAGGCGAGGGUGCUACACUGCUCGGAAGGAAUUGGUUGCCGCACGUCCGACUCGACUGGUCAUCCGUGUUUGGGGUUGACGAACCUACGGAUGGACCCGAUUUGGAGCGGAUAGUUGCUGACAAUGCGACCUUGUUUGACGGCCACGUUGGUGAGCUGCGAACAGGCGCAUCUACCUUGCAUCUGAAAGAGGACGCACGGCCGGUAUUCAGGCGUCCCUAUUCAGUGCCGUACGCUGUCAAGCCCUUGGUUGAGGAGCAGCUCAGGAAGAUGGAGCAGCAGCACAUUAUAGAGCCUGUCAAGCACAGCGAGUGGGCAACACCAGUAGUGGCUGUUCCAAAGCCUGAUGGCUCAGUUCGUCUCUGCGGUGACUACAAGGUCACUGUGAAUCCCCAACUACGAGUGGACCAGCACCCACUGCCGACAGCGCAGGACAUCUUCAGCUCCCUGAAUGGCUGCAAAUAUUUUGCGAAGCUGGAUUUGUCGCAGGCGUAUCUGCAAGUGCCGUUGGAUGAGGCGUCCCAGAAGAUGACUACCAUCAACACGCACAAGGGCCUGUACCAGUUCAAUCGUCUGCCCUAUGGUGUUGCAUCGGCUCCAGCGGUGUUCCAAGGAAUCAUGGACAAGCUCCUGGUUGGCUUGGAAGGCGUGUCCAAGUACCUGGACGACAUCCUGAUCGCUGCACCCACUCGCAGACUACUGCUGGAACGUCUGAACACGGUGUUGUCGAUUCUGUUGCAAGCUGGUCUGAAGCUAAAGAAAUCGAAAUGCAUGUUCUUCUCCGACUCAGUCCAGUACCUCGGCUUCAAAAUUGACGCGUCGGGUCUACACGCCACCGAUGAGAAAGUGCGAGCGGUUCAGAACGCACGUGCACCGACGAAUGUCACGGACCUCAAGUCAUUCUUGGGUCUGGUGAAUUGUUAUGGCCAGUUCAUUGAGAACCUGGCUUCGCUCGCACAGCCUCUCUACGAUCUCCAGAAGCGUAACACCGUCUGGAAAUGGCAAGCGCCACAGCAGCAAGCCUUCAGAGCUUUGAAGUCAGCUCUGAGUGCACCACCAGUUCUAGUUCAUUAUAGCCCUUCGCUACCGCUACGUCUGACCUGCGAUGCAUCAGGCACAGGAAUUGGCGCUGUCUUGUCCCAUGUGAUGCCGGAAGGGCAGGAGCAACCAAUCGCAUACGCCAGCCGCUCUUUGACAACCAGCGAGCGCAAUAGACCCUUUGCACAAUAA